AUGGCGGAGCACGAUGAUAUAACAUCUAUGGGCUGGGCCGGCAUCCUGGCAGGUGGCGUGCUUGCUGCGGCAGCUCUUGGGCUUUACCAAGAGGGGAAGUAUCAGAAGAAGGAAUUCCAGCUCCUCCAAUCAUUGGCGAUUACUGGCGUGGGCGAGGCAUGCGCCGCAGCCCAACGAGAUGGCAAGAUGCGGAAUGUGCAACUCAGCGGGGAAAGCUACACCGAUGAGCCGUUGACCAGCCAGGCUGGGGCCCCCGCAUUGGCAGUGCUGAGAAGAAAGUUGGUAAAGUCGGAGGAAUAUGAAUGGCGGAAAGGAAGCAAGAUCUACGAAAGGAGAGAGGUCACCGAUCAGCACGGUCAGAAGCAUGUGAAAGAAGUGGAUACGGGCCGUCGAGAGCAAGGCGAAUGGAUCCCACAGGUGCGCUUCCGCGAGGUGGAGAAGAACACGCUGAUUGCUCCCACUGGUGUUUGUUUUCGGCAGCUUGGGGCGGUUCAAUCGAAUUGGCAACUUUCUGCCACGCCCCAAAUAUGCUUGAAUCUCGCGAACUUCGACGUGAACCGGCUUCUGCAAUGUCAGCCGGAAACGACAACUUUCGAGUCGCAGGAGAUGGUGCAAGGAGGGGUCAGUGUCAAUGUCAACGUCAACAAUGACUCUAACAGUCGACCGCCACGACCUGCCAAUCGUGUCCUUGGGGUCGAGACUAGGGAACGUUUUCUUCCUGUGGGCCAAGAAGUCCAUGCCUUGGGCGAUGUGGUUUGGCGCUACAGAGCUUCCAUCAAGGGCAUGCAGGGUGGUGGAGGAAGCCUGGCCGUGUUGCAGCCCAGCCAGGUUGGGCCGUUUGGCUUUGCUUAUGGCUCCCGGGACGAUAUUCUGUUGAGGAAGGCUGCAUCGCUUAGGGAGUCGAGCAACGGUGCAAUGAUCUGUGGUGGAUUGGGUAUUUGCAGCAUGGCUUUCGGAACCAUAGCGUUGCUUAGUGCAAGCAGCUAA